AUGCCCCGACGCAAGGCCGCUGACUCCCUUCGGAACGGAGGACCGGCGACCACCUCUUCUGCUACUUCUUCUCCCGUCGCACCCACCUCCUCCGAGAGGACCCUGAGGAAACGCCCGGUGCCCUCGGCAGCAGAAACCGCCGCCCAGGAGAAGAUGGACCAUGCCGACGACCGCUCCGCUACGGCUGGCAACGAUAGCAUUGCUCCCGCCCCUGCUGGCUCGUGGACAAGCAGGAAUGAGUGGAUUGUCUUCGCUGUCGCCAGCGGCGCGUGCGCCGCGGUCAACGGCUGUUUUGCGAAGUUAACUACCAACGAGUUGACCUCGAACAUCUCUUCAGCCAUCGCGAAGGCCUUUGGCCUGGUCGCCUUUGAGAAUGCACUUGAGCUGAUUUUCCGCUGUAUAUUCUUCGGCCUUAAUUUGGUUUUCAAUGGCGUGAUGUGGACCCUAUUCACAAAGGCCCUAGCCAGGGGUACCUCAACCACCCAAGUGUCUAUCAUGAACACAUCAUCCAACUUUAUGAUUACAGCUAUCCUGGGUUUCAUGAUCUUCUCAGAAUCCUUACCGCCGCUGUGGUGGGUCGGCGCUGCGAUGCUUGUCGCCGGUAACGUCAUCAUUGGCCGCAAAGACGAGGUUGUCGCCGCGGAUCCUGAGGAGGACGCCAUCUCAGGGGCCGAGGCCGGCGCCAGCGUUCCGCCGUACGGCACUGUUGUGCCGACCGUGCGUGUCGUGCCUCCGGAGAAGGAUGACGACGACGAGGACGUUGCGCUUCUGGGAGACCUGGAUGACCCGAAUGAUAGAUGA